UUUGGCAGUAACUGGGAACCGGCAGUAAACCGUCAACUUGGUUUUUGAGUUUGAGUCAGGGCGCGGACAGCUGUGACAGCUGAGCCCUAAGACUCCCAAACGGAGCACAGGGUAGCUAGAGACGGCAUCUCUUAUCAUCACACCGCCGAGCCACUGAGGCAUAGGCAACGGAAUAGGAUGCAGGAACAAGGAAAAGGAUGCAGUACAACAUGUGAAAUUGUAAAGGUGUUGGAGAGCUCCAAGCAAGAUGAAGUGAGUCAGCUGCUUGGAUGAAAGAUGCUACCCAAAAUGUGCUCCACGGCCACACAGAGCCGUUGUGCUCUUUUCUCGCGCGGCGAUCCUCGGAACACUUGAAGAAAGCUUCUGGGGCGAGAAACGAAAAACUGGCGCCGGCGGUGAACCGUCAACCUGGUCUGCGAUGUCUGCGUUGGCCGAUUCGAGCUCCCAAGGGAGCAGGCCAGGACACAGAGAACCUAAACAGCGAAGCUGCAAAUAUUAAAGCAGAGAUGCAUCAAGCAGCGAAGCUGCACGGAAAUGCACAAGACUGCAAGUACACGAGACAACAACUAACAAAAGAAUGAGUGAAGCAAUGCAGGCCAUAGAUAUGGAAGCAAAGCUAGAAGCAGCGAGAGACCAUACAGUAACCACUGGUUUAUACAGCGAUUACCGUCUCAACACCACUGAGACAAACGCGAAACUAAGAGAACUAAAAUAGCGAGUGCGCUUCAAAGCAAUGCGAGACCAUGCAGUAACCACAUAUAGCGAUUACCGUCUCAGCACCACUGGAAGACCAUGCACGUGAAACACAACGUCGAAAUGUGGAUUAGAUAACGAAUUAAACGCGCAACAUACAGAGUGAGCCAAGACACCCACCACUACUUAGAGCGAAUGCGGGCUCUUAUCCGAACAAAGUGAAAAUCAGGCGGAGCUCUUAUUCAACACACGUGCAUGCACGACAACACACACAGGCAUGAAUAAAGGCAACGCAAUGACAAAUCACAAUAGUUCUAACUCGAAGUAUGUGGAAGUCAAGUGCAAUGAGUUCUGAACUCCACUCGAGGCGACGUAUGACCUCAAUAUCAAAGACCUCAAUAUCAAGUACAAUGAAUUCCGAACUUCACUCGAGGCGAAAUAUGAAAUCGGAUGCCCAAAGACCUCAAUAUCAAGACAUAAGUUUAUAUGCCAAUGCUCGGCGUAAAAAUCUGCUU